GUGACAAUGUCAAAUCACUAAUGUGCGAAACUUAGUAUAAUUGUCAACCAGUUCGAAUUUCAGUGAUCACAAGACAAUGCGACUGUCGUAUCUCUCUUUGGCUUUUGCUGUGAUUCUUAUCGUGGCAGUCAUGCUCACUCCCAGAGCGAAAGCCGAAAGUGAUGCAGUCGGCAUGGCUUUUGCAGACGCUUCGCCUUAUGCGGACGCUUCUCCCAAUGCAAUUGCCGAUCCAAUUAACUGGAAAAAAGUUAAACAAUGGGUGUGGAAUAAAGCAAAAAAUAGCCUCGUAUCGCUAGGCCUACUGGCGGCGGAAAAGGGGGCGGAAAAAGCAGUGGAUAAAAUACUGGAGAAAACAUCUGAAGAAAAUAAACAACAGUAAUAAAAAAAUGUAAAAGGAAAUUACGCAUGUAAACUAUAAGAAAAGAAGAUUGUUAAUAAAACUAAUUUACGUUUAA